UGAGACGCAUUACCAUUGAUUGUUACUGAUUUUAAUCUUUUUCAAAAAAAUUUAAGGAUAUUUUUUCUUAUCUUAACAUGUACAGCCUAAAAUUAACUUUGAUUUCACACGCUAAUGUCUAUUUUAGAUUAGAAACAAUAACCUUAAAAGUUAAAAUGUUCUACAAGCCCUCAUUUCUUGACUUUGCCAAGUUAUUAAAAAUUUAUAGCAUUCAAGCCUUAAGGUCAUUAGAUAGAAGCUUAGUCGAAGGUCUAUGAUGAUUAUUGAACAUUUUUAUUGUUUGAGUUAACUUAAAAAUCAUUAAUGAUAGGUAUCAACCACACAUUUUUAAUGAUAAUUUGAGCGUCACGAAUCAACUCUAGUGCAUAAUGCGCGGGUCGAAACAACAUAGUAUUUAUAGUGGGGAGAAUACACAGAGGGGACGAAGCUAUUCAACGUGAUAACCACCUCAGUCGAGUUCCUGGGUUCCUUCUUGUUAUUUCACUAGUGUAAAUAACUCCAGAGUACAAUAUAAGUAUUGACCAGACUUAAAUACAACUUUUGGGUGAUCACUAAAAAAUCUUCAGUGUGUCUCACAUCACCUGUUCAUGUAAUUGUGACAUCAUCUGAAUUAUAAAUGAGAGAUAAUCAGUCAAUCAUUGAAUAGAAAAUAUCUAAUCAAAGUUUUUUAUUGAAAUUUAUGGUAUCUAGCCGGAAAUUCUGGUGAAAUUUUUUUCUAUCAAUUAAUCAGAAAUCUAUCUUCAAUUUCGAUCUUCAGUAUAAGCUAAAUGCAGGAAGAAAUAGCAUCUAAAACAGCAGAACCAGUGGAGUCUGCGGUGAAUAAAAAAGAGGAUACCAAAUCAAUAACAGAAUCUAAACCAGUAAAAUCCAAAUCAGUAGAAGAACCUAAAAUAAUGGAAAAAACUCCUCAAAAGACCAGUGUAGAUAGUUCUAGUGGUGGAUCGUUUGCAAGUAGUUUUAAAGCAUUCUCCAAAUUUGGAGAUUCUAAGAGUGAUGGUAAAACUAUUUCUCUGAGUCAAAGUGAUAAAUGGAUGAAGCAAGCUAAAAUUUUCGAUAAGCGAAUCAGUACAACUGAUACGGGAAUACAUUUUAAAAAACAAAAAGCAAUGAAAUUAACUUUUGACCAAUACAAAAUAUUCAUUGAAGAUUUGGCUAAAACAAAGAAAAUAGAUGCAAACGAAUUAAUGACUAAAAUGGCUAAUUGUGGAACACCUGGUGUAACCAGUAGUCUUUCUGGAUCAAGCGGAAAAACAUCAUCGACCGUCGAUAGACUAACAGACGUCUCGAAAUAUACGGGAUCUCACAAACAACGCUUUGAUGAAAGUGGUAAAGGCAAAGGUAUAGCCGGACGAAGAGAAUAGUUAACAUAUGAAUGUGGAUAAAUUUGAAAAUUUGUUAACAAUACGUACAAAUCGUUAAUUUAAAAAAAACAUAUUUUUCUUUUUUCAUUACAUAAUAUAUUGAUGAUAUUAAAAAUAAUGAUAAUUAUACUAUAAUAAUAGACAUAUUUACACCACUCAUUUUUGGAAAGAUUUUUUCUCUUUAAAAUGAGCUUAACAAAAAUAAAUUAUAAUAUACAGUUUAUUUUUAAUAUCAAGUAGAAAACAAUGAUUUUUUUACAACAAAAUCUUGGCCUUUAUUCGUUGAAAAGAAUUUACUUUUAAAAUAUAAAAAUGACAAAAAAACUUGAAUAUAAAUAACAUUGAUACUAAUUACGUCUUGUGUAAAAUGGAAAAAAAAUAAUUUGGAUGUAUUUGAAGUUUGAAGUUUUAAGUACAAGGAACGAGUAUUCUUAAAUAACUAUAAAUCUAUUCAUUUACAAUUUAAUAAAAACAUUUUUGUUUAUUUAACGUCUGAU